UGUUCUGAAAUUGCAGGUGUCUGCCAGACUUGAGAGCGCGGGCCUAUACCUUUGGGUCGUUACUAGUUACGACAGCCACAAAGUCAUAUGCCGCGUUAAAAACAACUGGGAACUCGGAAUUCUCUGACUUCCGACUUCAGUGCGUUCAAAACCACUGGGAACUCGGGGUGGUGGGGGGAGAGCUCCGACAGGGAAAAUCGAUUUGAACGGUCAUCCAACUCAGAAUUCCAACUCCGGAACUCGGGCCUCUCUCUAGAGCUCCGUCUUUGCGACCUGUAGAUCACUGACGUCAUGAUUUGAUCUCGUAUUUUUCCGAGUUCCCAGUUGUUUGGAACGCGGCAAUAAACCCCACAAAGUCUUCUUAAAAUGUGAUUUCAAACCUUAACCACACUGCUAACAUUAUGCCUAACCUUAAAUGAAGACGGAAAAGCUCAUUUUUGUUUUCAUACCUUAUUGCGAUAGCCAAUUAUGACGUUGCGGCAGGUAGCCUAGUGGUUAGAACGUUGGACCAGUAAAGGUUGCUGGAUCAAAUCCCCGAGUUGACAAGCUCUCUCGUUUCAGACUCAGCGAAACGCCUUCAAUUUCAAAACUCACACAGGCAUCCCACAUCCUGAGUAGGCCUACUGUAUGCACUCACAGAUCAGGUUCCACAUUCAAGUGCUAGGUUUCUCGAUUCAGCUGUUACUCAUACCAUCCAGUUGCCAAGAAUGUGAACUUCAUAAGAAGAAAUAGGUUCCAGUCACUGUCCAGGGAUCAGAGUCAAAUGCUCCAAGAUCGGUGCAGUCAUGGACACUUCUGGCAGUAAGUUACAGCAGAAGGCUCUGCAGCAACCUAAGCAGAAGAAAUCCAAGUCGGCUGAAUUUCUGAUGGGCGGAAUGGAGGAGAGUGCUGUGGUGGAAGGCAUUGAAAACCCUGUCUUCGAUGGCAGCUACAGCACAGAGCUUUCAGCUUCUCGGGCUUCAGCAGGGAGAGAAAUUCAACGUGACAGGCAAGAUAGCACCCUUGCAGCUCACCAACAAAAAAUGGAGCUGCGAGCCCCUGCCAAACCAAGAGUUUCCACAGGAAAUGGGCGUGCCCGAAAUUACUUUGACCCAGCGCUGGUGCAGGAAACCAACCCAAGGCGGUGCGGGAUGGCGGAGGUCGGCACAGAAGAUGAGCUGGAAUUAAAAAUAAUGAACCAAGAUGAAAAGGGCCUAUAUCAGAAAAUGGCUGAAAUGCUGGACGCUGACGACGACACAACCAUCAUAGAGUUACCAGGUAUGGCGCUAGCCCACAGGGAGGAGGCAGAGGUGUGGAAGGUGAGGGCCGGUGAUCCAGCGCUGCGUGUCGGUGCCGGUGCUGCAGGCCGUGGGCGCUUCAUGGCCGCAGUGGAAGAAGGGGAAGAAGAGGUGAUCCCCCGCUACGCCCAGCAGCUGAGGGAGCGCGUGCUGCCUGACAUGAUCACGCUUGGCAGCCUUUCAGUGGAACAGGAUACACAUCUUCAAAGAGGAGGGAUGUCUCAGGAAAAUGAGUGGGAACCCCAGGCCCAGUCACACAGAGACUGUGACCAACAGGAGAGGAUACUGCAAGACAGGCUGUAUGUAGCGUUCCAACGCGCAGAGAGCCAGUUGCUGAAGGCGCUGAGGGAGCGCAAAGGUGAAGUGAUCGCCAAAUACGGCGAGAUGACAGAAGCCUCCUCCGCAGCAGAAUCACCGUGGGCCAGGGAGCCGGGCCUCGGCUGGCAGGUGGAGUGGUCGCAGAGUCCCCAGCCCAUGGAGGUGCGUGUGCGCUGCCUACGGGCAGUCAGGGACAAGCUGCCCAGGGGCCUCUACAGCCUCAGUGUGGCCCUCCACAGCCGUCUGGGAGGCCCCGCCCUCACCUGGUCCCGUCUGAAGGAGGAGCAGUGGGCUGGGACCACAGAGCCUGUGGAGCACGGGGGCCACUUCUACGACACAGAGCUGCACGUCAACCAGAGCCUGUUCACCAUCCUGCCUGCGUCGUGUGACAUGCUGCCCUCCAUGGUCCUGCUGUUCAGGCUGCUGGGCCUGACGGUGGAGCGGAGCCAGGUCGGCACCACACUGGGCUGGGCCGCCUUCCCUGUCUGCCACGCCACCCUCACAACUGUCCAGGGGCGCUUCAAGACCCCCAUCCUCAGGGGGCUCCCGCACCCCCACCUCGACCAGUUCCGCAAGAUAGAAGGCCUUAUGUCAGCCGACCUGGACAACUGGCUGUGUAACCUGUACUUCCAGGUGAGGAAGCUCCCCAGUGGCAGCUCCAGAGGGGAUGAGGAGCACAGUGUCACCCUGCAGAUCCCUCCUCUCCUCGUCCCCCCUUCGCCCCCCCAGGCGGGCCCAAGCAGCCCCAGCCGGAGGAGAGGCGGCGUCAAGCCGUGUCACCGGGGGUCCCCUCUCCACCUGUCUGCCUCACACUCCUCCUCUGCCUGCUCCUCCUCCACUCUGCCAGGGAAGAACUCCACAGUAGUGGUCCCUGAGAAAAUAGAGGAGAUGAGAGAUCCCUACACAGAGAAAGCAGAGACAUGGAUGCACUACAAGAAGAAGCCAAUCAACAAGAUAAAUAGCUCGAGCGCCCAUGUGAGAGGCAGCGCCGCACCUCCACCACUUCUGCAUGGCCAGACUGACAAACAGGAGACAGCAGCUCCGGCUGCAGCAUCGUCGGAGAAGAGGGAGAAUCUCUGGGCUAAGGAGAUGGAGGAGUAUACGUUCUCCCUACAGCCUGUGCUCUCCUACAGAGGGCCGGGCGGCGGCGGCACCAGCAGUGGUAGCGGUGGUGGGGCUGCUGAGCGUACACAUUUGGCUCUCCGCAUGAUCCCGUCAGAGCUGGGCCUGUCACCGCGGCGCUGGGGCUGGCGCUCCUCCUCAGCAGCAGCACAGCUCUGCCUCAUUAUGCCGCUCCUGGCUUUGAUCUGGUUUGCGAGGCUCUACCUGCAUUACUGCAGCCAGUGGCUCUUCCUCCAGGCCAUCGCAGUUCCUGUCAACAAAUUCCAGUUCCAUGCCCACACCGUGGAGCUGGUCUACCAGAAUUCCUUGCUUCAUACCCGCGAGGAGUUGGCUAUGGUCGUGGUGGGACCUCUGACCUUGAACGCCGUAACAUUGCUGCUGCUCCUGAUCAGAUGGGGCUGUCAGCUAGCGUUUGGCUCACUCCCCUCCUUCACGUCAAACUUUAUCAUGGCUUUGGGAGUGUGGACAGUGCUGGACCCGCUGGCGGUCUUUGUAGUGGAUGCCAUCCUGGGGCGUCUGUCCUACAGUGCAGAGUCUCCUGUUGCGGAUGCAGCCAAGCUCUACUGGCACUUCUACCGGACCGACCAAUCAGGGGCAGCUGGAGUGGUCAUCACCCUCUUCCUCUAUGCCAUCCUCUUCCUCCUCUCCACCACCAUCCUCUACCUCUACUUCCUCAGACUCCACAACGAGGGGCGCAUGCUGGACAUCUUCCAGCGUCUCAGCGCGACCGAGGGAUCCUUCUUCGUCCCCCGGGACCUGGAAGUGUCCAACCAGGAACUAGACUACAUCAUCCAGAAGGCCGAGCAGUGGAGGGGCUUCAACGGAGAAAGACGCAAGGUGUCAGUGUAUGACCACAUCUGGACAGAGGAGGGCCCCUUGGCGGGCUGUGCCCCCCCCAGGGGUGACCCUCGUGGAGCCGUGCCCGCUGCAGGGGGCGAGAGCAGUACCCACGUGUCUGUCUACACCCUCUACCUGAGCGGGCAGCGCCACCGUUACAGGCACUUCCUACGCCAGCCGGACGGUGCCAUCCUAGAGGUGAUUGGUGACAUGGACGGGGCAGAGCCUCCUCUGAGCACUAUGCCCCGCCCAGGUCAGAGGACACCAGAGGUGAACCAGGAAGACGAAGGCCCAAGCUCCACCCUCCAACUCAGGGAGAGGAAAAGGACGAAGCCUGUUUGGCGUACUCAUCGCGUCGCGCCAGUAGGAGACAGUGGGCAUGGCUCGAGCUGCACUGCAAGGCCUUAGCCACUAAUGUCACUGUGAAGUGAAACAAAGCAGGAGAGGACACCCAGGUACUGUCAACUGGCACCUCCACCGACCGCAUCAACUGAAGGGACAGGGACUAUAGACAUACCCCCUGGCAAUAGACAACUAGCACCUAAGGCUUAACCGACCACACCAAUUGACAGGACAGGGAUUAUACACAUACCACUAUAUAGACAAUAGACAACUAUCACCUCAACCGACCACACCAUAUGAAUGGACAGGGACUAUAGACAUACUGUACCUCAGUGAUGGACAGUGACUGAUAGAGCAAUUCAGAAUGUGUUUAUGAGCACUCUCAAGCAUACUCACAGAACAGUUGAAAUUGUUCCUGAUGAUACACAUAGAGAUGGUUCCGGUAGAAUCAGGCUUCUACAAUAGCUUUUUCCACUGGUGGCACUGGUGCUAACAACUUUUUCACUUGGGGCACCAGCACAUGAUUUGGUCGUACUAAUACAAAUAAAAAGAUCAUUGCUAAUGACCUGGCCUGUAUCCCAAAAUGUGCUUGCAUUCCUUAUAGAACCAGGCUAAUCAUGACUAGCCAUCUUUUAAAUUAGCAUGCCCUUGUGUUCAAAGAAAAGAGACUUAAAAUAAUGUGCAGAUUUCAAAGUGCCAUGUGUUCUUUUCUGCGAAAUCCUCUAGACGGCAGAAUUUGAAAAAAUUAUACUAGAUACCAAAACGAUACCACCAACAACAACAACAAAACAAAAUGGGGAGGACUGUUUUUCAGGUUUUAGCUCUUAAAAUCACAAAAUGGGAUGUUCUAAGUCCACAACAAUGCUUAAACCACAUCAGGGACCAUUUUUGAGUUCUGGGAAAAAUAUUUUUCUGUAGUUUCCCUUUAAUUCAGGUGUGCACCAGCCAGACCGGUGUGUUUGUUUCUGUCGUGCACUUGUGAUGGAGUUUUCAAAACAAAUAGCCACUGGAUUGAUUCUGCCAGGUAGUCAUAGGCUACUUUGUAGUUACCUUUUAAUUGCCUUUACAUCUACCUGAAAACGGGAGGCUGUUGAUAACAUCACUAACAGCUACACAGUGUUAGACAUAUAGGCCCUAUGCGCACCGCGCACAUCAGGGCUUGUCAUUCAGGUAAAUUUGCCAGUGGCACACCAGGCCAGUGCCACCUGAAAAAUACUGGCCCGAAUGGGGAAAAAAAUACUGGCCUGGGUCAAGAUCUGACAGAAAAGGGAAUGAUGCAUACAUCAUUUCAAUAGAAGGUGAGCAAGUAGCAUAUACAGGGUUCGUACAGACAUUGGCAAUUCAAAUUCAAGGACUUUUCAAGCACUUAAUUGUAAUUUUCAGGGACCUAAAUUUUACAUUUAAUUGUUGGGGAAAAAACUCCCCCAAAAAUGUAUGCCAAAAUAAAGUAUGCAUUACCACUUUAAGAAUAAUGCAUUUUUUAAAAUAUAGGCCUACCUAAUGGCAUUAUGCAUUGACAUUCACAUUAUUUUUACAUUUUAAAAUGUCAGAAUAAUGUGGACACAAACACACGAAUGGAUUCUGUCCAUGUGGUAGCUAGUCUGUCUGACACAAACACA